CCGGUUUCUCUGUGCCGUCUUUCGAAGCCUCCUUCUCUCAACUGUCGCAUGCAUAUGUGGAUGGGUAGGUAGUCCGACAGGACUCGCCAUUUGCACACUAUUUCCUUCUGUUCUUUCUUCCUUUUGUUUCCUGCGUCAUCUGCAACGGCCCGUCCCGGGACCGUCUGAACGAACCACGAACGAGGUGCCACUUGAAGCCUGACGGAAAUUCAUCCCAACCCCGCUACCUGACCCCGGAUUCGGUCCUUGUCUCUCGCUUUGGGUUUACCAGACGGUCGGGUCCGAUCCAGAUCAUACACACUAUAUCACACCACACACACGACCACACAAUAACAUGGCCGACCCCCAACCGACAACGCCGCCCGUCCUGGCGCCCAACCUCGAGGCGCAACUAACCUGUUCCAUCUGCACCGACCUCCUGCACCAACCCCUCACCCUGCUCGACUGCCUGCACACCUUCUGCGGUGCCUGCCUCAAGGAAUGGUUCCACUUCCAAGCCGAGCGGAUCGAGACCGCCCCGGGGCCCCCACCCCCACCCUCCGUGCCCAUCUUCACGUGUCCCAGCUGCCGCGACGGCGUGCGCGACACCAAACACGAUGCCCGCGUCUUCAGUCUGUUGGAUAUGUUCGUGGCGCUGAACCCGGGGAGGGGGAAGAGUGCGGCCGAGAAGAGGGAGAUGGAUGCAAGGUAUCGGAAGGGCGAAAGGGUUAUGCCGAGGGUGAGGCGGGUGGAAGAGAGGAGUGAGGAGGAGAGGUGGGCGGAUGAGAGGGAGAGGAGGUUGGUGGAGGAGGUGAGGGCGGUUAGUUUGCGGGAGGCGACGGAGAGGGUUGCGGGGGGGGCUUCUUUGGGUUCGGGUUCGGCUGGUGGGAAUGGGGGGAGGGGGGCUACGGGGCGCAGGAGUGGGUCGCGGCAGCGUCAGGAUGCGGCGGCGCGCCAGGUGGAGCACCAGUCUUCGCUGAGGAGUUUGAUCAGUACGGAUGGGAUGGAUAUGAGGGAUAUUGAGAGGGAGGUGGAGGCGUUUGCGAGGCAGAUCCAGGAGGAGGGGCUGCUGGACGGGUUGGAUCUGGAUAACCUCGAUCUGGAGAAUAACGACGAGCUGAGCCGGAAGAUCACCGAGGCGUACAGGAGACGGCAUCGCGAGAGGAGGCGGGACAGUGGGAGGAGGAGCAACGCCAGCGCGCACUCGCAUCGGUCCGAUAUGUCGGCAAGGCCUAGGUCGCGGACGGACGAGGGAUCACGGCCGACGAGCAGGCACGCUCGAUCGAGGGCGCCGAGUGUGGGCAGCAAUGAGGAGCGCGGGCGGUACCCCCCUUCCAGUUCGGCGCUGUUAGGGGUCCAGGAGCCAACAAGAAGACGGCGGGCAUCUAGCGGUGCUCGAAGUGCGACAUUACCCGUUGUGCCUACCCAAACCGAUGUCAGGGUCGGAUCUCGCGCGCAGACGGACCUCACCACCAGGGCCGGCACGGGCGAGCCACAUACCAGGCGGCCGAGCAUGGGAAUUGAGACUAGGAGUUCAAGCUCGCCCACAUCUGCUACGGCGCCGGUGUCACGGGUGGAUUCGCCGGGAAACCGAGUCCUUCCCUUCAGUGCUCGAGCGGCAGCAGGUCUAGGGGCCGUUGCCCAAGCAGAACCUCGAUCCAGCUCGACUAGCAGCAGGCAACGGUCUAGCCGGCCGCCAGCCAUCGACAUCCGGCCGGAAUCACCAACGCUAGGCAGUGUCUCGGCCCCCAUCAGCCCAGAGCUGGUAUCCUCUCCUCCUCUGCCCCCUCCGCGGCAGCAACUUCCGCGCUACAAAGAACCUUUCAUCAGCUGCAGUACGUGCCACAAAGAGCACAUCGAAUACGAACUUCACUUCAACUGCUACCGCUGCCACAACGGCGAGUGGAACAUUUGCCUGGACUGCUGGCGUCGGCGCAAGGGAUGCUUACACUGGUUCGGCUUCGGAGUGGCCGCCUGGGCGCGCUGGGAGAAGCAAAACCAGAGCGGCCCCCCCGCGGCCCCUCCGCAUACGCUCACUGCCAACCGCUACCUGCCCCCGAAACAAGUACCCGGCGGUGCCGAAGGCCGGCGCGUCCUCACCACCGAAAACCCCCUGGACCGCCUCCAGAGCGGCACCUUCUGCAGCCGCUGCUCGGCCUGGACCAACGACUGCUACUGGCGCUGCGACGCCUGCAACGACGGCGAGUGGGGGUUCUGCAACAACUGCGUCGAGCAAGGCAAAUCCUGCUCCCACCCGCUGCUCGCGCUGGCCUACCACGCCCCACCCCCCCUUUUCUCCUCCCCCUUGACCUCCCCACCCGUCACCACCGCAACCACCCCACCGGGCACCCACAACAACAACAACACCCCCCCACCAACAGCAACCCAAACCGCCACCGGCACCUUCCACCCCCUCCUCUCCACGCCGCCCUGCUCCGCCUGCCGCCUCCCCAUCCCCCAAACCGACUCCCGCUUCCACUGCUACACCUGCCCCCCACCUCCACCAACCCAAAGCGAAGACCUCACCCAACAAACUCCCACAUCAGCAGUCGGCUCCGACUUCUGCACGCCCUGCUACACCGCCCUUGUCGCAGACGGCCACAUCGCGCCCGAGAACGGCCCCGCCGGCUGGCGACGCUGUCCGCGCGGCCACCGCAUGGUUGUUGUGGGGUUUGUGUCGGCGGCUGGGGCGGGGAAUGGGAAUGGGCAUGGGAAUGGGAAUGGGGCAGGGCAGCAUAUGCAUAUGCGGCGGCGGGUGGAGCGGGAUCUGGUCGGUGGGCGGGGGCUGCGGUUUGAAGCGGGCGGUGGUGGUGGUGGUGGUAGUGGUGCGGAGGGUGGGGUGCAGGUUGUGUCGUGGCUUGCGGAGGGCGGUGGUGCGUCUGCGUCUUCGACGGGGAGGAGGGUGGAGAGGUUGUUUGCGGAGGAUGUGCGGGUUGAUACGGCGGGUUUGGUGAUGGCGGGGGGUGGUGGUGGUGAGGGGCGGUUUGUGAGGACGUUUCCGCCGGAUGGGGGGGUGGGGCCCAAGGCGGUGGCCGGGUGGGGGUGGACGCCGGCUGCGGGGGGGGAGGACGAGUUGAUGUUUCCUAGGGGGGCGGAGGUGCUGGAGAUUGAGGAUGUGAAUGGGGAGUGGUUUCAUGGGUUUUAUAUGGGCGAGGGGGGGCUGUUUCCGGCGCCGUAUGUGCGGCUUUUGGGGAGGUUUUGA